AGAUUCUCCCUCCCUUCCUCAUUCCUCCUCCACACCCACUUCAAUCCUGCCAUCCUCUCUCUCCCUCUCUUUCUCUCUUUCUCAUUCUCUUCUUUUUUCUCUUUCUCUUUGUGAGGAACAGGAUGAUCAAACCACAUUGUGAAGGGCGGGAUGAUUAAAUACCACCGCCCUUGUUAAAACACUGAUAAGCACGGCACUAGAACAGAGAUAAAGGGGACAGGCCGCUAUAAUUGGGAGAAACUGUUAAAGCAGCAAAAGUAAGGAUUAAUGAAUCCUGCAAGGUAACUUUUGCGCUUGCUUAAUGAGGAAAAUGAAUAUUACAGAUACGCCCCUGAUCGGAAAACUGCUCAUUACCAUUAACAUGCGAUGUAUGAUCUGGGAGGUAACAUGGGUGGGACGGAAGAUUGUGCACCUCAGCGCUCUGAUUGGAAGGAGCCAGAAGGGGAGGGGGAUUCAGUGAAAUGUAUUGUAUAAAAAGAGGGGGUUUUCCUUGUCUCGGUGUGUCUCGGAUUGGGAGGCACCCGGCUCUGCAUCGUGAUUGUGAGCACCGAGUUACAUCUCACAAGCUUGGGGGCUCGUCCGGGAUCAUCACCGGCCACUCGGCGGAGGCACGCAAGGAAGGGAAGGUGCACCCUGCUGAUUUCAGCAGUCUUUGAUCUCCUUGCUUGCCAUCAGUGGUUUGAGCGAGUGAUAUCCGGACAAGAGACUCUGGAAACAAGAGGGAAUCCGGAGUAAGGAAGGGAUCAAUGGAGCAAUUCCUGUGCACAGGACCUGGAUCUGGUGGCAUCGGGAAUCUUCUGGACUUGUCCCAGCGUAUCAGCCAGUGAUGUCUGAUUUUCCAGCAGCAUAAUGCAGGUAAGGGCUUGCCCUGUGAACCAGGUAAGACCCCUUUACCAGCAGGUCCAUUUGAGACCUUGCAAAUGAACUACAUUGAGUUGAAAAUAUGCCAGUGUUAUAAGUAUGUUCUUGUAAUUGUCGAUGUUUUCAGUAAAUGGAUUGAAGCAUACCCGACCACUGACAAUAAGGCCUCUACCAUUGUAAAAAUAUUGUUACGCAAAAUCAUACCACGAUUCGGUGUUACUGCGCGGUUAAGUUCAGAUAAUGGUCAUCAUUUUAUUGCUGCUGUAAACAAAGAAAUGACAUUGAUGGCAACAGCUCCAUUGUGCGUAUUGACCUAAGCCAUGGAAUGACCAUGCCCUCGCAGUGGUCCAUUUCCACCAGGUGACUGAGGAAAUGACAUCCUAUGUAUUAACCCAUGCUUUGCAAACUUCUCAUUCACAGGUCACGGCUGCAUAUGAUGAGGAGCCAGCGGUCAAAGUUCCAUCUAAUAUUGAGCCAUGUUGCUAUGUGCUGGUCAUGAACUGGAUGGGUAAGCACUUGGACCCAAUCCGACCGCUGCCAAGGUCGAGGCUCGUGCUGCAUGGGUUCAUCUGAACCACUGCAAAUUGAUUGGGGAGCACAAUCAAAAGGGGGGAGAAGAGUAAUUUUAUUUUCAACUCAGAGUUUUUAGUUUUUACAUUUCUGCUUUGCUUGGGAGUUGUAUCAUUAUAAGUUUAGUUUUGAAUCCUUAUUUUGCUAUAUGGUUAAGAAUAUGCGACUGAUUACUGGACUGACUGACUGAAGGACGCUUAAAUUGAGUGAAUAGUUGUUUAAGCUAAUUAAGUAAGAAAUGAACUUUUUGUGAGCCUUUGCAUAUUUCAGAUAAAUUAAAAUGAGGCGAUUCAUCCUGCUAUACAUCCUGAUGCUACUACAGAUGGAGGGAAAUGAAGGAAAAAUUUGACGAUGUGUCCCGGGACAAACAAGCAGAGUCUUUCACCUCUGCAAAAGAGAUGUGGUACAGUGCAAUGGCCCAGAUGCCUUUGUAUCCUGGGAUGUCACCAAGAUUGACUAUUGCAAUGGGAUACAGCAUCAGCCCGAUUGGCAGGUAGACUUAGAUAACCAACACCUAUGGGAAUUACCCUGUUGGUCUCUGGAGUGCAAAUUUGACUUUUUCUGCAAACGGUAUUCUUUGGAAGACAAACUUGGCAAAGGAACUAUCUACUGGCAGUGUCUCGUUCUAUUACAGAAUUAAAACCAAGGGGCUGCUGGCACAGAGUCCUCCUCUCGACUUUCCAAUCCAUUCUGUGAAAGCGGGAGACUGGGUUCUCGUAAAAUCGUGGAAGGAAGACAAGUUGCAACCCGUUGGACUGGUCCGUAUUUGGUACUAUUGACCACGGAAACAGCAGUGUGGACAAAAGAAAAAGGGUGGACACACGCAGUGCCAAUAAAGGGACCAGUGGAGCCUCCAGCUGAGGAGGACUGGACAGUAACACAAGGAACAAAACCACUGACUCUGAUCUUCGAGAAAGAACAAUUGAACUAAAAGAUUACAAUGCAGAGCUUGGCACUUGUGAUCGUCACUGUAAGUAAAUGUAUGGACAGCUGUGAUAAAUGUUACCACACCAUCAGGUAUGGCGGACUAACCAGAAGGUCUUUUACUUAUCAUUCCUAUGUGCAUGACUCGUGUUAUACCCCUAGAACCAGAACCAGUUGUAAGGAGGGGGGAGUAGAAUACUACUUAGUGCAGAAUUUGGGAUACACAGGAACGUGGAUGUACAGAACCUGCCCCAGAGGAGAGAGAUGGCUUUGCUUACGGAAAGCUGGGCAAUGGGGAACGGGGUCCCAGUUGGUGAAAGAAUAUUUAGACAAGGAGAAGGAAAUACUAGUAAAAAGGCUACAAGAAAAAGAGGUAACCCAACCAGCCCCAACUAAGAGACCUCAACUAUAUGCAUCCUUGUACAAGGAGAUACAGAAGCAGAUAGAAAUUCCUGAAUUGGGAGGGAAUCUCUUCGUGGACCUGGCUACCAGGAUUGCUCACACGCUGGAUGUUAAGGACUGCUGGGUUUGUGGAGGACCUCUUAUGAGUUCUCGAUGGCCUUGGAGGGGAUCAACUGUUGAAGUGUGGGAUCUAUUUGAGUGGAACAUCACGGAAGGAAGAGAUCGAGGACCUCAGGAGUGGCUCUUGACCAACACUCCAGUAGUGACGGAAUGUAUAGCCCGACCAAGGACUCUGGGGAAAGAAGAAGUCGGCAUCAGUCCUUGUCAACGCAUCCUAACCUUGUGGGAGAACCAGACACGGACCUGGUGGCCUGAGGAGCCUAAAUGGUAUCUGGCCGUAGAGGACUGGGGGAACUGUACAAUCAUCGCCCCAGUCAGAGACAAGACAGACAACGAGAGCUGGAUCUGGAACUGCACAGGAAACAACCCAUAUCAGGGGUUACCACUUACGGGACCUCUGGGAAAGUAACUUGGUUAGUGGACCUGCUCCGGAGGAAUUACUCUGGAUCUGUGGACAUAAGGCCUAUUCAGUACUCCCGGGAAAAUGGAGUGGAGCAUGUUUAUUGGGUUGGUGAAGCCGGGAUUCUUUUUGUUGCCAGCUGAAGGAGGAUGAAUGCUGGGCACACCAGUGUCUGAUGACCUACAGAGGAAGAAACGAGAGUUGGAGAUAGGAACCUGGGAGGAUGAUGAGUGGCCACCGGCCCGAAUCAUCUCAUAUCAUGGGCCAGCUACCUGGGCUCAGGAUGGUUCCUGGGGAUAUCGUACCCCGGUGUACAUGUUAAACCGGAUAAUCCGAUUGCAGGCUGUCAGAAGGCCACAGCACUAGAGAUGCUGGCAAAGCAGCAAACACAGAUGAGAACAGCAAUAUACCAAAAUCAAUUGGCCCUGGACUACACCCUAGCCAAAGAAGGAGGGGUGUGUGGAAAAUUCAACCUCUCUAAUUGUUGCCUGAAUAUCGACGAUAAUGGACAGGCAGUAAUGGACAUACCCGAAGGAAUCCGGAAAUUGGCACAUGUUCCGGUGUAAAAGUGGAACUCGAUCAUGGGCAUUGGAUGGUGGGAUUCCCUCCUGGGUGGAUCAUGGUGGAAAACAGUGGGACUUGUGAUCCUAUGUGUGCUGGCUGGGCUGAUCUUUAUCCCCUGUUGUGUACCUUGUCUUAGAGAGCCCAUAACCAGGAGCAUAAUCCAGAUGCAGGCUGUAGCGGUGCCCGUGGGGACAAAAGGGGAGGUACAUAAAAUGAUGAUCAUGCCACUGGGGAAGGUUCUGGAUCCAUAGAGAGAGGAAAUUAGGAGAAUGUUACAUCAGUUGGAGCAAAAGGGAUUUGAAAAUGGGGUUUAAUCAGGUCGUGCGUAGCAAAAAGAAAAGGCUGGAUUGUGAGGAACAGGAUGAUUAAACCACAUUGUGAAGGGCGGGAUGAUUAAAUACCACCGCCCUUGUUAAAACACUGAUAAGCACGACACUAGAACAGAGGUAAAGGGGACAGGCCGCUAUAAUUGGGAGAAACUGUUAAAGCAGCAAAAGAACGGAUUAAUGUAUGAUCUGGGAGGGAACAUGGGCGGGACGGAAGAUUGUGCACCUCAGCGCUCUGAUUGGAAGGAGCCAGAAGGGGAGGGGGAUUCAGUGAAAUGUAUUGUAUACAAAGAGGGGGUUUUCCUUGUCUCAGUGUGUCUCGGAUUGGGAGGCACCCGGCUCUGCAGACUCGUAAAUAAAAGAAUUUCUUGUUUCCACGACUUUGUCUCUGGCAUCGUGAUUGUGAGCAAUGAGUAACAUCUCACAUCUUCCUUUCCAUUUCCCUCAUCUUUUCUCUUCAUUUCUCUUUUCUCUUCCUCUCAUUCUUUCUGUGCCUCUCUCUCUCUCUGUCUCCUUAUUUCUAUUUUCUUUCUCUCUCCUCAUUCCAUCUCUUUUUCUCUUUCUCACACUCUCGUCGUCUCUCUUUUUUCUCUCACUAUUGUUUCUGUAUUUCUCGCUCC